AUGGCCAAACUGGGAGGCUCAGCAGGGCAGGCCGGGGCGGAGCGCGGGGCGGAGGCGGCUCCCGGCGCUUGGAGCUGCCCAGCGGGCCUGCGUCCACGUUCUGCACCCUUGCCGCCGCGCGUCGGCCCCAUGGACGCCCUGUGCGGCUCCGGGGAGCUUGGCUCCAAGUUCUGGGACUCCAACCUGUCCUUGCACACAGACAACCCCGAUCUCACACCCUGCUUCCAGAACUCUCUGCUGGCCUGGGCCCCCUGCAUCUACCUGUGGGCUGCCCUGCCCUGCUACCUGCUCUACCUGCGGCACCACCAUCGGGGCUACAUCAUCCUUUCCCACCUCUCCAGGCUCAAGACGGCCCUGGGCGUCCUGCUGUGGUGUGUCUCCUGGGCGGACCUCUUCUACUCCUUCCAUGACUUGGUCCACGGCUGGGCCCCUGCCCCCAUCUUCUUUGUCACCCCCUUGGUGGUGGGGAUCACCAUGCUGCUGGCCACCCUGCUGAUCCAGCACGAGCGGCUGAGAGGGGUACAGUCCUCGGGGGUCCUCAUCAUCUUCUGGUUCCUGUGUGUGCUCUGCGCCAUCGUCCCCUUCCGAUCCAAGAUCCUUUUGGCCAUGGCAGAGGGCAGGGUCUCUGACCCCUUCCGCUUCACCACCUUCUAUAUCUACUUUGCCCUGGUGCUUUCUGCCCUCAUCCUGUCCUGCUUCAGAGAGAAGCCACCAUUUUUCUCCCCAAAGAAUGUCGACCCUAACCCCUGCCCAGAGGCCAGCGCAGGCUUCCUCUCCCGCUUGUCUUUCUGGUGGUUCACAAACAUGGCCAUUCUUGGCUACCGCCGCCCUCUAGAAGAGAAGGACCUCUGGUCCCUGAAUGAGGAAGACACCUCCCAGAUGGUGGUGCAGCGGCUGCUGGAGGCGUGGAAGAAGCAGCAAAGGCAGGCAGCGCGACACAAGACUGAGGUGGCAUUCGGGAACAAGGUCUCCGGUGAGGACGACGUGCUGCUGGGGGGCCAGGCCCGGCCCCAAGAGCCCUCCUUCCUGAAGGCCAUGGUGGUCACCUUUGGCCCCACCUUGCUCAUCAGCUCCUGCUUCAAUCUGAUCCAGGACCUGCUCUCCUUCGUCAACCCACAGCUCCUCAGCAUCCUGAUCAAGUUUAUUUCAAACCCCUCGGCCCCGACCUGGUGGGGCUUCAUGGUGGCAGGGCUGAUGUUUGUGUGCUCCGUGAUGCAGACCGUGAUCCUGAACCAGUAUUACUACUACAUCUUUGUGAUGGGGUUGAGGUUACGAACAGCGAUCAUAGGUGUCAUCUACAAGAAGGCUCUGGUCAUUACCAAUUCAGUCAAGCGUGAGUCCACUGUGGGAGAAAUUGUCAACCUCAUGUCAGUGGACGCCCAGCGCUUCAUGGACCUUGCCCCUUACCUCAACCUGUUGUGGGCAGCACCCCUACAGAUCAGCCUGGCAAUCUACUUCCUCUGGCAGAACCUGGGUCCCUCUGUCCUGGCUGGAGUGGCUCUGCUGGUCUUGCUGAUUCCACUCAAUGGAGCUGUGGCCAUGAAGUUGCGGGCCUUCCAGGUGGAGCAAAUGAAACUCAAGGACUCUCGCAUCAAGCUGAUGAGCGAGAUCUUGAGUGGCAUCAAGGUGCUGAAGCUGUAUGCCUGGGAGCCCAGCUUCUCUGAGCAGGUGGAAAGCAUCCGACAGGGCGAGCUCCGGCUGCUGCGCAAGGCUACCUACCUGCAUGCCAUAUCCAGCUUCAUCUGGAUCUGCACCCCCUUCCUGGUAACCCUGAUCACCCUUGGGGUGUACGUGUCUGUGGACCGGAAGAACGUGCUCGACGCCGAGAAAGCCUUUGUGUCCUUGACCCUGUUCAAUAUCUUAAAGGUGCCCCUCAACAUGCUGUCCCAGCUCAUCAGCAAUAUAGCCCAGACCAGUGUGUCUCUGAAACGGAUCCAGCAUUUCCUGAGCCAAGAUGAACUUGACAAUGAGUGUGUUGAAAGAAAGACCAUCCCCCCAGGCUAUGCCAUCACCGUAGACAAUGGCACCUUUACCUGGGCCCAGGACCUGCCCCCCAUCCUGCACAGCCUAGACAUCCAGGUGACAAAAGGGGCACUGGUGGCUGUGGUGGGGCCUGUGGGCUGUGGGAAGUCCUCCCUGGUGUCUGCCCUGCUGGGGGAGAUGGAGAAGCUGGAAGGCAAGGUGUAUGUGAAGGGCUCUGUGGCCUACGUGCCCCAGCAGGCGUGGAUCCAGAAUGCCACUCUUCAAGAAAACGUGCUAUUUGGGCAAGCCCUGGACCCCAAACGCUACCAACAGACUUUGGAGGCCUGUGCCCUGGUAGCCGACCUGGAGGUGUUGCCUGGUGGGGACCAGACGGAGAUUGGAGAGAAGGGCAUUAACCUGUCCGGGGGCCAGCGGCAGCGGAUCAGCCUGGCCCGAGCCGUUUACAGUGACGCUGACAUUUUUUUGCUGGAUGACCCCCUGUCAGCUGUGGACUCCCACGUGGCCAAGCAUAUUUUUGACCAAGUCAUCGGGCCAGAGGGUGUGCUGGCCCGCAAGACACGGGUGCUGGUGACACAUGGAAUCAGCUUCCUACCCCAGAUGGACUUCAUCAUAGUACUAGCUGAUGGGCAGGUGUCUGAAGCUGGCUCCUACCCAGCCCUGCUGCAACACAACGGCCCCUUUGCCGAAUUCAUCCGCAACUACGCACCUGACGAGGAUGAGAGGCACCCGGAGGCUAGCAAGACCGCCUUGGAGGAUGCAGGGGAUGAAGAGGUACUGCUGAUCGAAGACACACUCAGCAACCACACUGACCUGACAGAUAAUGAGCCCAUCACAUAUGAGGUCCAGAAGCAGUUUAUGAGACAGAUGAGCACCAUGUCCUCAGAAGGGGAAGGCCCAGGGUGGUCUGUGUCCCGGAGACGCCUGGGCCCAGCAGAGAAGGUGACCCCACCUACAGAGACAAAGGCGAAUGGGACACUGAUCCAGGAGGAGAAGGCAGAGAUGGGCACUAUAAAGAUGAGCGUGUUCUGGGAUUACACCAAGGCAAUGGGGCUCUGUACCAUGCUGUUCAUUUGUCUACUGAACAUGGGUCAAAGUGCAGCCUCCAUCGGGGCCAACAUAUGGCUCAGUGCCUGGACCAACGAGGCUGUGGUUGACGGCCAGCAGAACAACACCACCCUGAGGCUGGGAGUCUAUGCCAGUUUGGGAAUGCUGCAAGGGCUCCUGGUGAUGCUGUCCGCCUUCCUGAUGGCGGUGGGCGGUGUCCAGGCGGCUAGAUCGCUGCACCAGGCGUUGCUGCACAACAAGAUGCGCUCACCACAGUCCUUCUUCGACACGACACCCUCGGGCCGUAUCCUCAACCGCUUCUCCAAGGACAUCUACGUCAUCGAUGAGGUCCUGGCCCCCACCAUUCAGGUGCUGCUCGGUGUCUUCUUCAACUCUGUCUCCACCCUUGUGGUCAUCGUGACCAGCACUCCAGUCUUUGCGGUGGUCAUCUUGCCUCUGGCUGCGCUCUACAUCUAUGUGCAGCGUUUCUACGUGGCCACCUCGAGACAACUGAAGCGACUGGAAUCGGUCAGUCGCUCACCCAUUUACUCCCACUUUUCGGAGACGGUGACUGGUGCCAGUGUCAUCCGGGCCUACGGCCGCACCCAGGACUUUGUGGCCAUCAGUCACGCUAAGGUGGACAUCAACCAGAAGAGCUGCUACGCCUAUAUCAUCUCCAACCGGUGGCUGGGAAUCCGAGUGGAGUUUGUGGGGACCUGCGUUGUGCUCUUUGCUGCAUUCUUUGCCGUGACUGGGAGAAGCAGCCUGAGUCCUGGGCUGGUGGGCCUUUCUGUGUCCUAUGCCCUGCAGGUGACAUUUGCUCUGAAUUGGAUGGUACGAAUGAUGUCAGACUUGGAGUCUAAUAUUGUGGCUGUGGAAAGAGUCAAGGAGUAUACCAAGACAGAGACUGAGGCCCCCUGGGUGGUGGAGGGCAGCCGGCCCCCGGAGGGCUGGCCCCUACAUGGUAAGGUGGAGUUCCGGAAUUACUCUGUGCGCUACCGGCCAGGCCUGGACCUGGUAUUGAAGAACCUGAGUCUGUGUGUGCAUGGUGGUGAGAAGGUGGGAAUUGUGGGGCGCACAGGGGCCGGCAAGUCGUCCAUGACCCUCUGCCUGUUCCGCAUCCUGGAGGCAGCGGAGGGUGAAAUACUCAUUGACAGCCUCAAUGUGGCGGACAUUGGGCUCCAUGACUUGCGUUCUCAGCUGACCAUCAUCCCUCAGGAUCCCAUCCUGUUCUCAGGAACCCUGCGUAUGAACCUGGACCCCUAUGGCAACUACUCAGAGGAAGACAUGUGGCAGGCCUUGGAGCUGUCCCACCUGCGGACGUUUGUGAGCUCCCAGCCAGCGGGCCUUGACUUCCAGUGCUCCGAGGGUGGGGAGAAUCUCAGCGUCGGCCAGCGGCAGCUUGUGUGCCUGGCCCGAGCCCUGCUCCGCAAGAGCCGCAUCCUGGUUUUAGACGAGGCCACCGCCGCCAUUGAUCUGGAGACCGAUGACCUCAUCCAAGCCACCAUCCGCACCCAGUUUGAGACCUGCACAGUACUGACCAUCGCGCACCGGCUCAACACCAUCAUGGACUACACCAGGGUCCUGGUCCUGGACAAAGGGACAAUAGCUGAAUUUGAUUCUCCAACCAACCUCAUUGCAGCUAGAGGCAUCUUUUAUGGGAUGGCCAAAGAUGCUGGACUUGCCUAAAAUAUAUCCCUGGGAUUUCCUCCUGGCCAUCCCUGAUUUUCACCAGGAAGAGAAAUGACACCAAAUAUACCUGCAGAAUGGACUCGAUGGCAAACACUGGGGGCAGUUGUUAGAUUUUGCCCUGUAAAGUGCCUCACAGCAUAACUGCUAAACGCUUUGAAUGAGGAAGUGAGACCCAAAGGGUGAAUGAUGGGCCUAGGUCACAGCUAAUUUGAGGCAGAGCCCUGGCUAGUCCUCGGGUCUCCUGAUUCCCAGCUGAGUAUUAUUUCCACACUGCAUUUUUUUCAGUCAUUUUAUGGAACAACCUCCCUCCCGGCUAUGAUUUUUUUUUUCAUAUUUUCUACUCAUGGAACAGGAGACUGUCAGACCAGGCCAUCCCUAAGAACUGAGUUCUGUACUUGAGAGUGCUGGCCAGAAUCCAUUAAAAAUGGAACACUGAUGAAAUAAAGUGAUGUGCUCAACAAUAUCUACACUCCGAUGCAGCCUUUCUCUGCCUGGGCACAAGGUUUGGGGUUAGGACCUUUUGGGGAGGCAGGGAGGAAGAGGGAGAUGUGGAAGAGGUGGGCUUUACAUUCAUCUACAUGGUUGCAGCUAUCUGAAAACUUUGGCCCCAAAAGCUUUAGGCUGGAAAUAGUGUCUUCAUAACCAAAAUUCACUGGGUAAUUGCUGUAGCUACUGCUGUGCUGUGCAGAUGGUAUAAAAAGGUGCGAAAUAAAGCCCCUGAAAUCUGACCUGCGGCCUGGUGGGAAAGCUGCUGUGAACAUCUCCACGUUUAUGUGACCCUCCAGCCGCUGAGCCGGUUUCUCUAGGGGCUGAAAAGCGCAUGGUGCUUUAUCUCCUCACUCCUUUAGAAGUCUGUUCCAGACAGGUUCCCAUAACCACUGCAGCCUCCCAGUCACUCAUGUUCCUCCGCCCAGCCGAAGCUGAGUGUGUGAGCCCAGAGGCCACGACCUGCCCUUACAGUCCCCGGCUGGUAAGGGAGAUGUGAGGGGGUCAAUUAAAUAUGCAUUCACAGGUAGCCAAUGGAGAGUUCAUUUUCUGCAGGUCAGAGUCCACCUGGCACAAGGCCUCUUCAGUUUAGAAUGGAUCUCUUCCCUUUGUUACCUUAAUAGGUUUUCUGGUCUCUUUCAUUUCCUAUACCUUUGAUUCUUGGGAUGGUGUGACUUGUUUGUGGGUGUUUUUUUUUUUUGGAAGGGGGUUUCCCACUCUAAAUGGUUAGCAGUAGGUGUGGAGAUGGCUCCUUUGAUCUGGCCUUUCUAUAUGCUCUGGGUCAGCCUGUGUUGCAGGACAAUUUGUUAAAGGUUAAUCACGUUUUUUGUUUUUUCGGCAGGCUGUUUCUGCCCAGGAUGUUUAUGAGUACACGGAAGGAGACUUCCACCCUAACAAUAAAGCAAGUAUGAAAGCACAAAUGUCCAAAUUAUGCUGCCUCUCCUUGGUGCUAAGAAAGGUCUCUGCUAUGCUCUCUGAUUUAUUGGGCCAAUUUGGCAUGACAUCUGCUUUGUGAGGCUCUGGCUGCCCUAAAACAACAGAAACGCAGAUUUAUUCGGCGUCAUUCUCAGCUAAAGAUCUGAAGGUGUAAGGCUGUAUUUCCUCUCCUGUCCUGGGAGUUUGCUUCUGUGCUCAUCGCAGCCCUGACAGGAGCUGACAGCCCAAAGGAGAGGCUCAGUUGUGUAAAUAGGAUAAUCAAAAAAUGUGGCUAAUAGGAGAUGACCUCCAUCUAGCUGGCUCAGCUUCUCGGGGGGGAAAUGAAGCUGACUGCUGUGAACUGGGAGGAAAGAUGACACAAAAUAUCCAUCUCCAGGUGCUGGUGACAGGGUGUGAGCUCUGCAGCAGCGGCAGUGGGACAAUGGCGGCUCAGGUGGAGAACGGGCCCAGAGCUGCUUCCUCCAGAGCUGCCUGUCCCUUUGGAUCCCCUCCGACUAGCAGUCUAGUGCUACUUAAAAAAAAAAAAAAAAAAACUUAGGAGGCCAAAAUGAAAUAAUAUGGGCUCAGUCAGUUAAUAUUUAAUUUUAAU